UGGUGGCAGCUCUGGGUAAGUCAGUCAGCCACUUCCUCUCACACUUGGUUUUGUAGAUACUGUAACUACUGCGGGGAAUCAGUGCCAAGCUGUGACUAGUGGUUUGAUUCCUUGGAGUUCUUUGGCACUGUGCAGAUUAGCAUGGCAAAACUCAAGGAUAUCUUGCAAUGGAGCCUUAUUCUGGCAGCAGUGAUGGUCUUAGUUGGAGCAAGGCCAAAUUUAAAGCUGAAUUCCCAGACAAGCAGUGGUUUAAAGUCCGACUGUGCCGGCAAUCUAAUGAGACUGUCCUUAGACAAGGCUCUAGCAGUGGGGAACCAGCUUGAGGUGGACGCUAUCAAUGGCACCCAGCACGUUGCGAUAACCCCGAGUCUGGCGGCCCAGUGUGGAUACAGCAUGGAGUCUGACCCGUGGGGAAACACCAGGAUCUACACCUCUCUGAUGGGCUGCUAUGUAAACAACCAUGAGGAUACCACUUUUACAGUCAACCUGAGGCUGAAGAUGAUCAACCAGAGUCCUUCAGAUAUAACCAGCCAUGACGUGACCAAGACGUGCAGCUACUCCCGAUGGGCCUCCAGAGAGGUUCUCUGUGACAGGAACUACAUGGAAGUGUCGACUCGCAUGUCUGCACCAGAUGGUGAAGCUAAGGGACAAACUCAAGUGGUUAAAGAUGACUCUAAGAUCAACACAGUUCCUGGUUCCUCAGGUGAAGAACAUGGAAUUUGGAAGAUGACCUUCUUUACUCCAGAGCCAGUAACAAUGGUACUGAGGGAGGCUACGCAGGCUGGUUACUCUGCUAUGACCACUUCCAACCGUGUGGUUGUCAGAAGCCCUUACAACACGGCAGAGACUUAUUCUGAGGAUGUUGCUGGAGUUCCUAUGGAGGUUUUGAAGGUCACUGCUUACUACAAGACCUCUCAUGGUCUAAGUGUGGUGAACAUGGCUGCUGCUUGUCCCAUAGGUGGCGUUCUCUUCACCGAGGAUGUAAUCUCCUGGUACGUACCCAGUCGUGUGACAACCCUGGUGGACGGUAGUGUUAGCAUCCUGGAAAUGCACAUGGGCAUCAAUGGGCAGCGGUUGGAUGCGUCCCAGAUGGCCGCACGUGGUUACACACUAUCUCAAACAGAUUUUCACAUUGCCAUCGAGCUCCCGGUGGGUUCGCCUGACGGUUACUACAAGAGCCAUGCCCCAGAUUACCAGUACCACGUCACCUACAGUGUGGAGCCCAUGCUGGAGGUACUGUGGAGGUCUGACACCCAGGACGAUACAAAAUACAAGGUUCUGUUCCCUGUCACCACUCCUCUGAUGCCCAGAACUCCAUUCUCUGUUGAAUGUAAGGGCUCCUCCUACUGGGAUGUAAUGGGAAUUGGAAGAUUGGAAGUGUGUAAUUUUGGUACUCUGCUCUGUCCAGAUACAGUCCCAGAGGACAGACUUUUCGUUGUCCAUGUGGGCACAUUUCUUCAUGAUGUGGAGCUGAAGAACAUCACCUUCUCCACUGGUGUACUCACAGUGGAGGAAUGCAAUGCUAGAGGUUUUACUGUCCAGGAGCACACGUUUUCCAAUGGAACGAAGAGCUUCACUUUGCAAGUGCCAUUUGAUGACGAUGUCGUCCUGAAACAUAAUCCUGAAAAGCUCGUCACGGUCUACUUCCUGCCUCUGGUUUUUGGAUUUCUCAUCCAACCAGAAGAAAUUCCAUUUCCCUAUGCUGUAGAUUUGGAGGCGUUUCUGCAGGAUGUUGUGUUGCCCACCCUCUCUGGCUUCUGUGACCAGAGCAAUUUUCACAUCCUCGUGGAAUAUGGGAGUCAAGGCCGUAACUUCCAGACACUGGUUGGCUACCAGGAGCUGACCUCUGACCUGAGUGAGGACUUUGAUCUGAAGGAUAACCGCACACACUUCAGCUUUGUUGUACCAUUCAUGGCAAAGAAUGCAGCAUUUGAGGUCAUCACCUCUGAUUCGCUCAGAGCCAGACUUGACGUUGUGCUGUGGGAUCAAAACAAUGAAUGGGUUCUUGGUGAUCUUUACCUGGCCUGCAAUUUUCCUUUCACCACAACCGAAUGCUACGCUAAUGGGACAAUGACUGCAGUGGCUGUGAAGGUGGAAUCUCUGCUGAAUCUCAUUCCUAGCAUGCUGACUCUAAAGGACCAGACCUGCAAACCAGACAUCAGUGACGAUCGCUUUGCUCAUUUCACAUUUAGUGUGAACUCCUGUGGAACCACUAGAAUGUUUUUUGACCACUACAUGCUAUAUGAAAAUGAGAUUGGCCUGUACUACAACAACUAUAAAAACAACAAAGGAACAGCCUACACAUCACCUGUUGAUCCUGACUACAGGCAAACUGUUUCCUGUUACUAUGUUGUCAACGACACUCAGACUUUUGCAUUUAUGUCCGAGCCCAUUAACAAGGAGCCAGCAGCUGAGAUUGGACUAGGACAGCUGAUGGUGCAGAUGAGACUGGCAGAAGAUUCCUUCUACGACCUCUUCUAUCGCCCAGAGGAUUAUCCAGUGGUGAAGUACCUGAGACAACCUCUGUAUUUUGAGGUGGAGCUCAUGCACUCUACUGAUCCCAGCCUGGAGCUCAUCUUGGACAACUGCUGGGCAACUCUUGAUGAAGACAGGGCAUCGCUGCCAAGCUGGGACUUAAUCAUUGAUGGAUGUGGUAACCAAGAUGACAGCUACAUGACGGUCUUCCAUCCUGUUAUUGGUGACAGCAGAGUUCCUGUGCCGUCCCACUUCAAACGCUUCUCUAUAAAAAUGUUCACCUUCACUAGAGAUGACGAAGUUCUGAAAGAUGAGAUCCAUGUCCACUGCGAUGCACUGAUUUGUGACACAAGCAGCAAUGCAGACGGUGCCUGUAGAGGGCAGUGUUCAACCCCAGACUUGAAUAACUUCAGAUAUCCAGGCAUAAAAAGAGAACAAAGAAGCACAGACUCAACAUCUCACAGAUGGCUCUCCAGUGGACCGAUCCAUCUAUUAAACUCUGGGUCAGAACUCUGAAUAAAUGUUUCUUAAUUCAA